AUGCGACUACUCAACGCGCACACUAUUCGGCUCCAGAGCUUCGACGGCGCUGAAUCUGAUAUCCCUCCCUAUACCAUCCUAUCGCACACAUGGGGAAACGAAGAAAUCACCUUCCAAGACAUAACACAACAGCCACUUGAGAAUCUGCAACGCCGCGAGGCUUUCUACAAGGUCCAAGAAUGUUGCACACAGGCUCGAAGGAAUGGUUAUGACUAUGUCUGGAUCGACACAUGUUGCAUCGACAAGACCAGCAGCGCCGAAUUAUCCGAGGCCAUAAAUUCCAUGUUCAAAUGGUAUCAGCAAGCUUCCUUAUGCUACGUCUUCUUGAGUGAUUUCGAUACCAGCUUCUCACAUCACUUUUCUCAAACAUCUACCGGGAAACUCGUUCGUCUUCAAUCGUCAGACACUUCAUUCUUUUCUAGCCGCUGGUUCACAAGAGGAUGGACAUUACAGGAGCUCAUUGCACCGCGCCGUGUUAUCUUUUUCGACAAAUAUUGGAUCAAUUUUGGCUCUAGAGAUGACGAGCUUCUUGAUCGCCUUUGUCAUAAAACAGGUAUCUGGCCUCAGUUAUUCGACGAGCCUAGAUGUCGCUGUCUUGAACCUUACCCUGCGGUCCGCGAUGGUGUUUGUGUGAUUUGCACAGCGCUUGACACACUGCCUCAAACGCUUGACUCGUUUACGGUGUCUGUCAAAAUGAGUUGGGCUUCGUCUCGUAUCACAACACGCAAGGAAGACUCUGCUUACUGUCUUCUUGGCCUAUUUAACUUAAAUAUGCCCAUGCUUUAUGGGGAAGGAGACAAGGCUUUCCUGCGACUUCAAGAAGCCAUAGUCCGGCAGUCGAAAGAUCAAUCUAUUCUUCUAUGGCGUGGUGGCAUCAACCAUGCGUCAUUCGGCCGUAUUCCCGGGUGCUUGGCACCUUUACCUUCUGUCUUUAAUGAACCUGUUCACGUUCUUGGUAUUAGAGUCUUCAAAGGGAUGAGCAGAACAUUUGGGGGUAGCUUCAUGGGCUCUAUCACUCCGAUAGAGUUGACUGAUACUGCUAUACAAAUGGAUUUGUGGAUCUGUCCUUGUACUGUGAGCAUUUACAACCCAGCAACAGAGGAAUGGUUUGACCGGAAGCUCUCUUUGGGCAUACUGGAUCUUGCUUACGAUGACGACUACCUCAUUCGACCAGCACUCCUUCUUGAACACCUAGGUAUCAUCAAUUUGUAUCGACGUGUGUAUCAUAUGUUUGUUGUUCCUGUUGACCCCAGGCAGGUUUACAGCAGUCAUGAGAUAUCGGUCGGUCAGGACCGGUCGAACGCAUUUGCCAACGCAUAUCCUUUGACAUAUCCUUCUGUGCUGAAGGUCAGGCGAUAUCUCAAUCAAGCUACCCAGAAGAAUGUCAAAAUUAUGCGUCAUCAGAGCCCCGUCAACGCAGUGAGCGUGAAUCCUUCGUAUGACCUGGGCCCAAAGACUGGACCAGUGUAUCUUGUUUCCAAGACGAUAAGAGUGCGGUAUACGUCCAACGGGAAGCGCAGAUUCAGAUACACUAUGAGCGAUCGUGGCAGUCACCCUCCUUUGAGCAGGUACGAUACUCGCGCAACCCAGAUCCCCUCUCCAUGGGUCUUCGAGAAGUGCCAGCAUUCAGGAGUUGAUCGACACUUUGGUGGCAUCCACUUUCUCAGCUUCUUUAUUGAUAAUCAAUCCAACAGCGACCAUUCUCAGAAUGAUGAAACCGCCGUUGGACACGUGGCAAUCACAUGGGGCAUGCAUCGUCAGGUAAAUGCAGACGGCGGAGGCUACACACCUUGGAGCCCGUGGUGCCGGGCUUUCAACAUGCUCGCCUUCAUCGAGUAUGCUGGCACUUCAGCAGAUGGCGUUGGGUCACUUGAGAUGUAUCAUGGAAACCACGAUCUCCACCCACCCGAAAUACAAGUUCGACUGGAGGGCCAGCGGCGCCGGUUGUGUUUGGCGAGCUGGCAGAACCUGUGUAUCCCACAGAACCCUGAAGACAAGGCUCUAUUCCCGAGCUCCUGUGAAGAUGGUUGGGCGGAAGAUCAAAUGCAUAACAUUGCGAACGACCCGAUGAUGAAUACUCAUCUGGCAAUUAGGAUAGUGAUGAUUGAGGGGCUAGGUCGAACGUUGUAUGAGGUUCAGUUCGACAUCGACCAGACGCCAAAAGCACUACAAUCGUUUGAUGAGCAAUGA